AUGCUACCUGUUCCCUUUCGAGCAAGGCAAGUGGUAAUUGCGUUGAUUUUAGUUUUCCCAAGUUAUGUCAGCACUCCCCUCCCCUCUCCACAAACGAAACAACAAUUUCAGACAGUAUGCCCUCAAGACGUCAAACAGGAAACAGCUGUGGCCCGUUCAUCAUUCGGCGUAUUUGGUCACAUGUUGUAUAAUGUUACAUCAUUACGUCAUCAAACGGGGGUUAUAUGUAUUAUUUGGGAAAAGGAAAUUACGUGGCUGAUCGGUGUCGACUUUGCCUUGAAAGUUCUCAACUACGACGACAACACCACGAUAAGAUUACAAUUAUGGGACAUUGCCGGACAAGAACGAUUUGGAAGCAUGACAAGGGUGUACUACAAAGAAGCCUUGGGUGCACUCGUUGUCUACGACAUAUCACGACCACCAACGUUCGAGUCUGUUACAAAAUGGAAGAAAGACUUGGAUGAAAAGGUCGCAUUACCUGAGGUUUUGGGUGGGGGCCCCAUUCCUGUCGUCCUGUUGGCUAAUAAGUGCGAUCUUCUGACAGAAGACAAAAUCCGCAAAGCAGAAUCAGACCUGAACAAGUUUUGCGAAGACCAUGGAUUCUGUAAAUGGUUUUAUACAUCGGCAAAAGAAAACAAGAACAUCGAUGAAGCAGCGAGACAUCUCGCUUCCGAGAUUCUUGAACGUCAAAAGCAACUCCACGGAACGACUACACCACCUGUUAAAUACAGACCAGUACAUAUAACAGAAGAGAAAAUUAUUAGAAGUGGAUGCUGUUAG